AUUCCUCCAUUUAAUUGCUUCAACUCUUAAUCUAUUCCAGAUGGUGAGCACCAGCGCAAUUUUAAGUGCAAUUUUACUAUUAUCAGUGCACAUACUUCACUUGAAAAUGGCUCUUGCGGAGACCUUCAUUGUCGGAGAUGACCAAGGCUGGGACUUUGAAAUGCAGAAUUGGCCUCAGGGGAAAAGAUUCAACGCUGGUGAUACACUUGUGUUCAUUUAUGAUCGGAAUCAGCACAAUGUAGUGGCUGUGAAUAGAAAUGGCUAUGUGUCUUGUCAAGUUUCGCCGCCAAACGCCCGAGUAUAUACAUCGGGGCAUGAUGAGAUAAAGCUUGAAGCGGGAUUAAACUACUUCAUUAGCAGCAUCCCAGGAGACUGUCAAGAAGGAAUGAAGAUAGUUGUUCUUGGAAGAUAUAUAGAAUCAUAUUGAGAUCGAUCAGCUUGUUUCAGGAGAAUAAGGUUUCCGUUUACUACAAAAAGCUAAAAAAUUAAUCAUAUACGCUUACUUUUGUAAGUUA